AUGAUCACCGAUGAAGAACUCGCACGAAGAAUGGAUGAUAUCUCUAAGAGCUUCUCGUCGACUGUUUUUCACUCCCCGGCGCAGCAGGAUAAGACUUUGGAUAAGAUAACGAUGAUCGUUAGAAAUGCGACGAAGAAGCAAUUGCAGUCUCGCCAUCCUCGCGCACUUGUCACGUGCCUCCUGAGGAUCCUGUUACACUAUGAGAGCGUGCUGCACAUGGAUGGGUUUUGCGAAUGGAAACGUCGACGGAAGUUCAGAGUCGCUCGAGACUGCUACCACUCCCUGCUGAAGAGCUACCUGCCGGAGAAGUCGCGGGAAGUUGUAGAGACGAUCGUAGAAGCCGUCUACCACGAGCGACUCUGGAAAUUCGAGACCUUCUGUUUCGAAGUGAUGUACAGUCUACUGGACGUCAGUCCUGUUAGCGUCGGGCUGAUCAUCCACGCAGUCUGGAACAAGUUAACGCUACCAGAGAUCGGCGUCGAGGACGCUCGCGGCCUCGUCAGAGUAUUGUACGAGCUCCUUGACGUGUAUGUGUGGCCAGCAACGCAGGAUACAGUGGCGACGAUAGAGAGGAUGCUCGGGCUCUUUCACGCCAGUAUCAUCGCACGAUUGACAACCAUUUUUGACUCUUCUUCCUCCGCUUCCUUGGUGCCAUCGCUGCCGCCACCGCUCGCAAGCCUCAAGAAGGGUUUGGAAGUUUGUCUGAGAAACACCAUGAAGCAUCUGUCGAAUGAUCAGCUACUGGUGGUCGUGCAGCACAUGUGCUCAUGGACAGUAGCCGCAGGCACGACUGACGAAUUCGUUCUGGAGUUUGGCAGCACCCUGGAAUUUGCCGCUUAUACGCAUCAGGCGGAUCUAUAUGAGCAGACACUCACGCCGACGAUCUUCCCGCUGUUAAUGCGAAUGGUGGGCUCGUCUAGUCGGUUGACCAGCCUUCUGGGCAACCGGGUGCUUCAGUACUUGAUGGACCGCAAGGACAACCGUGCGAUUUUCGACACGCCUAGGAUCUUUUUCGAACACACGCGUCUCGACCUGCGUGUCGCACAGUGUCGCAAAGAAGACAGGCUGUUUUUCAAGCUGCACCGCGAAUUGCUGCACGAUAGCCUAUUGAAGAGUCUAAUAAACCACAUGAACUCAAGGAUGAAUCUCGAAACGACGUACUGCACGGUGUGUCUGAUUGCCGUCGAGGUACCAUGCGGCUUCACGGCCGCUGCCCUGGUUUGCCUCGCGAUGAACCUGCAGGAGAUCAUCCUGCAGCAGCAGAAUAAUCGCGUGGAGGUAGCCUGCCACGUGCACGCUAUGAUCAUCUCCAUUAUGUCCCUCAUCUGCUGGAUACACAAGGCCGAAGUGUUCUACAGCUACGUGAACAGGAUCGUGAUGGAAAGGGCGCAGUGGGCGCCGCAUCUGAACCCUCCCAUCCAGUCCCAGUAUAACUUUGCGUUGCAUCACGUUCUCUGGAACAAGCCGGAGCUGUUCUUCAUCGACUGGGAGGCGCGCUACGGCCUCUGGAAAUGCUUCCGUCUCACCGACAGCCAUGACAGCACUUCAUUAAUCGUUUGAUAUAAGCUCCACAAAUCGAAUGUGAUUUCUGAAAUGAAUCAGGAUUUCACAGAUCUCUCUCUUUGAGAUCAACUCUAUUAUAUUUCGAAUGAAGAAAGAUUCAUGGAAAGGUUAGAAACUAUUCAGGGCACUCUGAAUUUAAAUAUUAGAGAGGAAGAAUGAAGAAUUAUAUCUUACAAGUAUAAAUAGAUAUUAAUAAUAGGAAUUAAUAGAGAGAUUAUUGUGCAAUAACAGAAUAGUUCUGUUGUUAUUUGUAUCUUAUUUUAUAAGACGUUUGUAGAA